ACAGUUUUUGUGGCUGAAAUGAUCCAUGGUCCGGCUUAUGAUAUCAGCCAUCGUUUUCACCUACUCAAUCGGCUUUUACGUCAUAAUGGAGUCGAUAAAAAGAACAUUUUCCUCAUUAAACCCUAGUUUAGUUUGUGAUCAUUGUGACUUAAAGCAUGAGAAUGACCUGACCUGCAAGUCCUUGUCUUCUGUGUCAUCUUUCUCUGGGAUCAGCUCAUCUACCAGAUCAAAGUUGGCUCCUGCUCUAACUACAAUCCAGAGAUACACACAUCAGCUUUACAUUACAAAAAGCAGGUGGUUAAAAAUUAGUUGGAACAGGAUGAGCAUGCAUCCAUAUAUAGCAGGAACUGAUCACUGAUCAGGUCUGCAUUGCCAUUGGCAACAAGUAAUCUGCUGUUGCUUAGAACAGCAAAACAUCUGCUGUUGCUUAGAAUAGCAAAACAUCUUCAGAUAUAUCAGCAGAACAGUAGAGAGGUAUAGUGAUCAUGAGCUACUGGGGAAGCUCCGGCGGGUCGCCGGCGUGGGCAGGGAGCCGGGGGCCGUCGCCGGUGGUGCCGCUCCUCAUCGUGGUGGCGCUGGGGUGGGUCAUCUGCCAGGAGACCCUGAUGUGGUGGUACGAGCAGGUGACGGAGGUGCAGGAUACUGUCACGGACAACGCCGUGCUCCUCGUCCUCGGCGCCGGCGCGCUCCUGCUCGCCCUGGCCGCCGCCGGCGGCCGGAGCGAGGUGGUGCUCGUGCCGGUGACGCUGGUGGUGGUCAUGUUCCUGAUCCAGAACAUCAUGCUCACCGCGCUUCUGCUGCUGGUGGCGGCCUACUUCGCCGGAAUAUACUACUACCGGCCGGAUGGACGGUACGGCGGCGGCGGUUUCAGCGGCGAGUGGGGCGGUGGUGGCGGCGGCGGCGGCGCCGGACUGGGGUUCUACAUGCUGCUGCUGCUGUGCCUGUUGCUGUGCGCCAUGUUCUCCGACGGCGGCGGCAGCUGGUGGGUCCCUGGUCUGCUGCUGGUCGCGUGCGUCCUCUGCCUCAACCUCUUCUCCGGCGGGAAAGUCUGGGGAUAUGAAUACUUCUGAACAUCUCAUGUUUUCAGGGCACAGCUUUUAUAUCUAGGCAAUUAGCUUGCCAGAUGAGAAAGCAUAUUUUAGAAGAAGAAAAAAAACAUAUCCACAAGAGAUCAUCAUUACAGUUUUGAUUAACUAAUGUAUAGUUAGAUUAAGCUCCUUGUUUUUACCUUCUAAUCAGUGGGUUUUGCUGCUA